UCAUCAUGUGUUCAUUGUGCAACCAUCCAGCUUCUCUUGCAUUUCGUUAAUUCAUCAAUCGUUGUUCCGUGUAAAAAAUUGAUUCAGCUGUCGGCGAAUUUAAACCGGUAAAUAUCUUUUCAUUUUAGUAAUUUUAAUUUUAUACUGUUAGUAAAUCAAGAUGGAAAACAGUGGAGCGUGUUAUCGUUGCAACAAAACCGGACACUACGCUCGUUCCUGUCCGUUUAACGAAAAACGCGAGGAUAAAUGUUACAAAUGCAACAAACCGGGCCAUUUUGCACGAGACUGUCAAGAAAACGAAGAUCGUUGCUACUCAUGCAGUGAAGUUGGACACAUUUCCAAAAACUGUUCCAAUUCCAACAACUCGAGAGGUGCUCCUAGAUCAGUAUGUUAUACAUGCAAUCAAUCCGGUCACAUGUCGCGUGAUUGCACCGAACGUACCGAACGUGUUACCAAAAGUAAUUGCUACAGCUGUAAUAAGCCGGGUCAUCUAGCACGCGAAUGUCCGGCUUCGGAGAAGACAUGCUACGAUUGCGGCGAAGUUGGCCAUAUGCGAAGGGAUUGUAGCAAUGGUAAUGGCAAUUAUCGCAAUGGUAAUGGCAAUUAUCGCAACGGUGAUGACAAUUAUCGUAAUGGUUAUUAAAGUUAUCCCUGUGGUCGAUCCAUACCGUGAAAAAUUGCAUCAUUUUUUACGCUUUCCUUCUUCCUUUUUUUUUGUAUAAAUCGACGUGUAUGUGAAGAUCACAUAUACCAAGUAUCAUUCAUUAUUUUCUGUUUGUCAUUCUUUUUAUGCACUCGAAUUAUUAUUUAGAAAUACUCCUCUAUAUUCUAUCCAAUGUUCUGUAUCUGGCGUUAUUUAUACUUUGGUAUAUUAUAUUUGAUAAA